GUCCCCUCUGGACAAGAGCUAAUGAGUAAUAGGAACUUCACAGUCAAAUUAUGGAGUUCUUACUGACUGAGAUACCUGCGUCCAGCGAUGGAAAUGACACGUAGGUGCAGAAAGCGUGACAAAAUCGUCUAGUCGCCGUUUUAGUAGCUAGGAAACUAUAUAUCUGGCUUUAAUCUCUCUUGUGCUAGCCUAUCCUGUUCUAUUAUCUUUCUUGUGCCUGUCCAUGUUCCCCCAGCUCACGUCACCAAAGCAUGCUAGUUGCAUGAGCAGUGCAUGGAGGCUUUUUUCCAAACUUGCAAUGGCAUUUCUUACCUGUCAAGUCAUCUUGGUCAUGCACCGCCACACCCAAGUGGGUCAGGCAGUGUCAAUGCAUUGUCCAGGGAAGCGUUUUGUAAUAACUGUAUUUCAUUGUCUACUAUUUUAUCUUCACAAUGCCUUCUUUUGCACUCUCUGUCGUCUUGGCUUCUUCAGUAGAUUGACUGGAGGUGGUGAUUCUUCUGGUAUAGAGGGCCUAAAUAGGUGUCUUGUCAGUCUGUUGUCUGGCAAUUCUACUCGUCCAGAACUUUCACUUGAUAGUUUAGUCGGACGGGGUCUUUCUGGCUUAGGAUUAGUGCUCAAUAGAGAUGGCUCCUCUAAUAUUAGAGAGAGGCCCCGUGAGCUGUAUCUUGUCCAGUUAAAUAUAGAGUCGUGUCGUGCUUCAGUAGUGUAACUUGGCAGCUGUUCUUCUAUCCCUAUACUAGAGUAGUAGUAGUAAUAGACCUCUAUAACAAGUUGGUAUGGUAAGCGUAAUAGCAUCUUAUUAAUGGUUUUUGUAUAUUAUAGGCGUGAGCAGAUACCGGGUUUAGGAGCCUAUCCUAGUGCGAG